ACUGGUAAUUCCACGAAUUCGCACUUCAGUGCACUUUACACACUUUGGAACAUUAUUUUUAACAUUCUUACACUAAAGUCACAUUAACAGAAGCAGCCAGAAUCAAGCGCCGAUAAAAUACUGUUCACACUGUUAAGAUGGCCUUGAACGAUCAAACAUUUAGCCUUAAUGAGCUCCCGAUUGCACCAGUUGGGGCGCAACCGCAGACAUUCCAGCCAAGUCUGCUUGAUCCUACCUCCAUGAUCCUGUACAAUAGUUUGGGCAGAAAGCACAUGAGCAGUGAUUCCUUGCUAUCUACCACAAGACUGGCUGGUGACCAGCUCAACAUGACCAUUAAUCAGCAGUUCGUUUCCCUCAAGGGCACCAUGAGUUAUUCUGAGCUCUUGCAAGGGCUUUUGUAUCAGGGGGAGAAACUGGGACAGUAUGGAACAUUCAAGGCCCUUCAGUUCUCAUAUCUGACCAUUUCUGAUGAGAACAAUGUAACCAUGACCACCAGACCUAGUGGUGUGUGCAUGCUGACUGACAAGCGACUCCUAUUUCUCUCUUCUCAAGCCAGCCAUAGUUCCUCAAUGCAGGAAGUUGGUGAUGCUAAAAAGCUCCCUGGUGGCUACUCCCUCAACGCAAGCCUUGGAGACAGCACCUUCUACUUGCCCAUUCCCCUAAGGCUGUUCCGAAGUGUCGAGAUGAAUGGCAAAUCUGGAGUUAGUGGGGAAGUGAUGAUUUCCGGCAAGGAACCCGCUUGUGGAGGUUUUUGUGGAAUUUGUGGAAUGUUGAAAGAAUGGUCGGCAGGCCCUGUAACCAUCAGUCAGCUUAACGAAAUGUGUGUGAAUAUUGGGCUACUUCUUCCCCCAUGGGAGAGGCGUGGCUAUCUACAUAUCUUUGUCACGCCAGACACCCCAAAUUCUGUGGUGCGAGACUUCGUGGCACUUCUUCAGCAGCAUGCUCAUGGCCUCCAUUAAUAUCCCAUCCCUGGGUAGAGCUUGGCUAACUAUUUGAUGUUUUUAGAGAGUCUUAAGUUUUAUAAUGUCUAAAUUGUGUAAAGCAUUUGUAACCAGUUUUAUGCCGGUGCAAGCCAGUUAUGAUAAGCAGUAGAAGCUAUUUUUAAUUAUCCCUGCUCCAACUAGAACAGUGUUUAGCCAUAGCCAUUACAAUAGUUGUCACUCACCUGUCAUUAGAUCUAUUACAUUUAUUGGUAAAAUAUAAAAUGAUGUUUGCUUUAUAACUUGAAAACCAAUAAAGAUCAUUUACAUUAA